AUGACUAGAGAACUCGAGGGCAUCUUCGCAGAGUUGGGGUUGUCCCAAUAUCUCGACUCCUUCAUCGACCAGGGGUUCGAUGCAUGGGACACCAUUCUGGACAUGGACCUGGAUGCGUUGGGAGUGAAGCUCGGCCAUCGGAGAAAAUUGCAGAGACGCAUCGCCAACGCGAGGGGAAUUGCUCCCAGCGUGUCGCUGGCAUCCACCAGCAAGCCAUCCGCCGAGGAAACCAAGCAAGACAGCCUGCGGCGCGACAACAGUCGUCCCGAGGCCGGCAACGAAACCAGUGGUGUUACGAAGCGCAAGUACCGUCGACAUCCAAAGCCUGACGAGCAUGCUCCCGAACGGCCUCCCUCGGCUUAUGUUCUUUUCUCCAACAAAAUGAGAGACGAUCUGAAGUCUCACAGUCUCACGUUUACCGAGAUUGCGAAGCUGGUGGGGGAAAAUUGGCAGAGCUUGCCACCCGCGGAGAAGGAAAUGUAUGAAAGUCAGGCGAACGCCGCCAAGGAGAAGUAUCAUUGCAGUCUCGCCGCGUAUAAGAAGACGCCCGAGUACCGCAAAUAUGCGCAGUACCUACAGGAAUUCAAGGAGAGGCAGGCCAAACAAAGCAAAGUCCACGAUGCGUCAAAACGGCCGAGGCUGGAACCUGCCAGACUCCGUCACGGCAGCACAAGCAGCGGGGUGACUCCGGGCGGGGCGACGUCUAGCGGAAGCAGGAGCGGGAGCAGCAGCGAGAGAUUGCAAGGUAGCGAACCUCCGCCGACGCGGCAUGAAAGGAUGAACUCGACAACCUCGGUGGCAGGAUCCCAACACUCGUCUACCGCGCCAACACCCAUGUCGUACGCCAACUCUGUCGAUGAGGGUGGGCUAUCACCGAGAAUGGCCAACUUCGACACUGGUAGCCCCCGAGAUGUGCACCACCGGCACUCGCGUCGCCAGCCCUCUUGGGCGAGGAGGAAUCGGGCUGGAUCGGCUCACCAACAUCAUCUCCCUUCGCUAUCUGACAUGCUGGAUAACGCCGGGGUUGGGGGAUCCAGUCAAUUGCGCCUGGUGGCAGACGGCCCACCCGUCUUAGCACCUGCACGAGUGCCCAUUCUACGCCACGAGCCGUCUUCGAACAGCACCGUCGCAUCUCGGUGUUCGACGGGGAGUUUCGGCAGGAAUCCUGGCGAGGGUCCGCUACCGAUUCAUGCGCUCCUCGCGGACCGAACCAUGUCGGGAGUUGGAGAGAUGGAAAAGCAGUCGGCUUCUGCCAACAAAGCCGUCGCAACCCGCAGCAGUCCCCAGAAGUCCCCGCCUAAAUUACGCGGGCCAAGGGGCUAUGGCUUCCAAUCCGAAUCAUCGGCUUUCCAGAAGAUGAAGUUUGUGCAGUCAAGAGAGGGCGAUGUGCUGAUGACGUCGGCUGAUGCAUCACCCCCUGCUCUCGCUCCCGGCAACAGUGGAAAGAGUGGAUACGACGGGAUGAGUGCCUUGUUGCGAGCUGGUGAGAUUGUUGGUAGACACGGCCCAAAGUGA